GACAGGCAGCGCCUCGAGGGCUGCUGGGCAGGACUCCCUGGGGCCUUGAGUGUCCUGUGGACCCACUGUGUAGACUAGACGGCACAGGGACCUGCAGAGGGAUCUGUCGGGAGCCAGCGGAGGGCCAGGCCGGAGACUCUGGGGCUAGUGACAGAGUUGGGGCAUAUGGGAGAGGGACUCUGCAGUGGAGGAUUUGGAGCAGUUUGGAGAAUCUGGCGCUUCCUGCACUGGGAUUCUGAGUAACUGAGAAACGGAGCCGUCGCGGAGCUAGAGAUUGCGGUUGUGGGCAAUCGGGUUAAGAAGUCUACGGCAGGUCUUAGGGCGGGGGGUGGGGUCCUGGGAGGUGAUGAGAAGUUUUGGAAAAGGGCCCUCACUGAGAAACCAGGGUUACCCUGCAUUGGCCUCCGUCCCAUUCCAAGUCUGCUUUUUUGUUUUUUUUUUUUGUAGCUGGGACCUGGCAGAGCUCUAGCAUGACUGAGAUGGCUCCCAGCUGCUAGAGGAGGAAGGAGGUCUGGCUUCCCACGGCAUGGGAGGCUAAAGAGAGGAAUCAGGGAUUGCAGCUUGUGCCUAGGAGCCUUGGCCUGCAUGACUCUGGGUUAGACCAGAGACAGUGGUGGCCAGGCCUGAGGAAGGCCCAGCCCAGUAACACCAUUCUGGGCAGACUCUUUCCUGGGCUUGCUGCCUGGUGUCAGUGUCCAGAAGUUGAUGAGUCUGGAGAUGCCAAACCACUCCUCUGAGCCCUUGCUGGUCUCAGGCUGGAGGAGUCUGCAGCUGCAGGAGUUGUUUCAAAGGCGACCUGGCAUGUCACCAGGGAGCCGGAUGCCCAUGGCUGGUUUGCAGGUAGGACCCCCUGCUGGCUCCCCAUUUGGCACAGCUGCUCCACUUCGACCUGGCAUGCCACCUACCAUGAUGGAUCCAUUCCGAAAACGCCUGCUUGUGCCCCAGGCCCAGCCCCCGAUGCCUGCCCAGCGCCGGGGGUUAAAGAGGAGGAAGAUGGCAGAUAAGGUUCUACCUCAGCGAAUUCGGGAGCUUGUCCCAGAGUCUCAGGCAUACAUGGAUCUCUUGGCUUUUGAGCGGAAGCUGGACCAGACCAUUGCUCGCAAGCGAAUGGAGAUCCAGGAGGCCAUCAAAAAGCCUCUAACGCAAAAGCGAAAGCUUCGGAUCUACAUUUCCAAUACAUUCAGUCCCAGCAAGGCAGAUGGUGAUAGUGCAGGAACUGCAGGGACACCAGGGGCAACCCCAGCAGCAGAUAAGGUGGCAUCCUGGGAACUCCGAGUGGAGGGAAAACUUCUGGAUGAUCCUAGUAAACAGAAGAGGAAGUUUUCUUCAUUCUUUAAGAGCCUAGUCAUUGAGCUGGACAAGGAACUGUAUGGACCUGACAACCACCUGGUGGAGUGGCACCGGAUGCCCACCACCCAGGAGACAGAUGGCUUCCAGGUAAAACGACCUGGAGACCUCAAUGUCAAGUGUACCCUCCUGCUUAUGCUGGAUCAUCAGCCUCCCCAGUAUAAAUUGGAUCCCCGACUGGCAAGGCUGCUGGGAGUGCACACACAGACAAGGGCUGCCAUCAUGCAGGCCCUGUGGCUUUACAUCAAGCACAACCAGCUGCAGGAUGGGCACGAGCGCGAGUACAUCAAUUGCAACCGUUACUUCCGUCAGAUCUUCAGUUGUGGCCGACUUCGUUUCUCUGAGAUUCCCAUGAAGCUGGCUGGGUUGCUGCAACAUCCAGACCCCAUUGUCAUCAACCAUGUCAUUAGUGUGGACCCUAAUGACCAGAAGAAGACAGCCUGUUAUGACAUUGAUGUGGAGGUGGAUGACCCACUGAAGGCCCAGAUGAGCAAUUUUCUGGCCUCUACUACCAACCAGCAGGAGAUUGCCUCUCUUGAUGUCAAGAUCCAUGAGACAAUUGAGUCUAUCAACCAGCUAAAGACCCAGAGGGAUUUCAUGCUCAGCUUUAGCACUGACCCUCAAGACUUCAUUCAGGAAUGGCUCCGUUCCCAGCGCCGAGACCUCAAGAUCAUCACUGAUGUGAUUGGAAAUCCUGAGGAAGAGAGACGAGCUGCUUUCUACCACCAGCCCUGGGCCCAGGAAGCAGUGGGGAGGCACAUAUUUGCCAAGGUGAGGCUCUACCCUGCUUGUCUUCCUUUGGUUGUGAGUAGCGGAGAUUUAAGCCACGCUUUCCCUUCUCCAGGUGCAGCAGCGAAGGCAGGAACUGGAACAGGUGCUGGGAAUUCGCCUGACCUAACUGCUCAGGGAUCUCUUCCUUCUAUCUCAGCCCUGGAGCCUUGCAGGGGACCACCCUCUGGGUCCUGGCUGAGGCAGUAGACACAUAGGGGAUGAGGGCUGUCUCCCAUCCACCUUCUACUCCCCAGCGUUAGUUUCUUGUAGUGAUAGGAUUCCUGGUUGCUUGGUCCCCAAAGCCUUAUUACUUACUUUUCGCAUUGGCUUUAAUUGGGUUCUCAAGAUGCCUCUUCUGCCCCCUGCAGGCAGGCCCAAAUAGAACUGCUGGAGGCUGUGCUUUGUGAGACAUUUUGGAACCAAAGGCCUCUGGGUUUGCAUGUUUACAGGCCCCAGCCUGGGGCCAGUGUCAGAGCUAGCUCUGGGGAGCUGGGUGAAGAAGAGGAAGCUUGGCCCAGACUCUUCUUAGCCUUUCGAAACCAAAGUUCUUUGCCAUUCCUACAAGCCCAGCCUUGCUGCUGGUUUUUCUUUUCCUUUGGGUAUUUGCACUAUUUGGGGAGCAAGUUUUUCUAUGUGGGAGCCACUUUUUUUGUACAAGGGUAAGUUGGGAUUUUUCAGGGAGCCCUUUUUGGUGCCCUCCUUCCUUUUUUCUUUCCUCAAUCUAUGCAAGCGGCAAUGGCCGCCAUCAUCUCCUGGGAUGCCAUGGGGCUGCCCCCCCACUAGAUGCUUGGGCCAGGGGAGGUAGAGCCUCCUGUAGGGAGGGGUCAUGCCAGUUUUCUAGCCGGGCCUGAGGUAUAGGGGUGUGUGCAUGGUGGAGGGCAGGGUAAGGUAAGGGGGGAGGCUGAGAGGACUGUUGUCCUUUGAAGUUCAGCAGAGGGUGGGCCUAGGGCUUGGCAAAUACCACUUCUGGCAGGUUUGGAAAUUUCCAAAUAAAUUCUUUUGUUUAUUGGUGGUGUCCAGACCUGAUCA